AUGGCAGCCACCAGCCAGGGACUUGGAUUAAAGUCUAAAAUAUCAGGUACGCCAGGUGGUGUUGCUUCAAUCGGUUUGCUGUCGGACAUUCCCUUAACCAGAAUAUUCAGCGGUCCCGAUUCGAAGGAGGCAGCCACAGAAGCACAGACUGCUUUGGUUCAGCAAUACUCUCCGGCAGGACGAUGCUCGUGGAAGAUCACGCAGUUUCGGUCCUGUGCACAAGAACAGCCCGAUUUGACCCUGUGCGAAGGUUUCAACGAGUCGCUCAGGCAUACAGCUUGUCGAGUGAGCAAUUCCGACGAAACCACUGCCGUUCGCACCAAGUUCGAUCACAAUAAUAAGUGCGACGUCGAGAAGAAGAUUUCCCGAGAGCUACAAGCAAUGCUACAAGAUUAA